AUGAAGCGGUGCGCUAUAUUGACCUGUCUUCUACUGCAGUCAUGCAAUGCUGGUGUGGACGAAUGCGUUGGCCCACAGCAUGCAGUGGAGUUUGAGAAGGUUCUGCAGAGAAAAGGAUAUCAGAAGAGCAUGCCUCCGAACUUUGCCAAGCAGAAUGUGUCUGUGGAUGUUCAGGUCCAGUUCUUUCUUCAAAGCUUUGAUGCCGUGGAUGAGCAGCACGAGUCAGUGGCUCUUACCGGGUUUCUGCGAACAUGGUGGACGGAUUCGAGGUUGGCAUUCGCCCAGGACCCGGGCAAGGCUUGUGUCCAAGCGCUGACCGUGCCUGACGACAUGCUGUGGGGACCGAAGAUCUAUAUCUACAAUGCCAUUAAGCUAACUUAUGAGAAGAACGGAGCACUUACAACAGUGCAUGCGAACGGGACCGUGUUUCAUUCUGUGGCCAUCCAUGGGAGUCUGAAGUGCGCCAUGCAGUUCCACCGUAUGCCAUAUGAUUCCCACGGCUGCUUUCUAAAGCUUGGAUGCUAUUCGGAGACCACUCGCUCCAUUCAGAUCAGACCUAGGUAUGGCUCGGUUCAUGACUACAUGAAGCAGACAGGUUUGGGAGUAGUUGGAGACAAAAUGUUUUCACCCACUUGGUUCAUUGAGGGAGAGCAAUUAAUUCGGAGCCCCGGAAUCCGGACAGCCCAUUUCUGGCCGGACUUGGGAGGAGACACUGACAUCGUCUUCCUCCCUUUCCAGUUUUCACGCCGCCCGGGCUACCUUGUUCGCAUGGUCUUGGUGCCAUCAUGGCUGUUCCUGGUUGUCAGCUACACAGGGUUCUUUAUAGAUCCGGCUUCUGCACCUGCGCGGGCGGCAGUUGCCCUGCUUCCCGUCCUCAUUAUGCGCUCAUUGCAAGGGUUUGUGUUCUCCAAGCUCCCGCAGGUUGCAACAUGCGUGUGGCUCAUUGAUUACUUGCUGGGCUCGAUGAUCCUGUGCUGUUAUGCAGCUGUGCACCUAGCUGUUGUGCAGCUCCUCUUAGGUUUGGAGGGCAGAGCGGCGGAGAAUUUGAAGCGGCUACAGAAUGUUGAAGAUACGGCUCGAAAGCUCAUUGACAAGUCUAACAAGGACAAAAAGUUCGUUGCCACCUUGCUUAGUGAAUACACUCCGACGCCGCACCUUGGAACCUUGGUGUCUUACCUGGCAAGAAAGAGAGAAGACCGAGCUCCAGAAAGCGAGACGCAAGGACGUAGGAGAGCCUUCAGCGAGGUGGCUGAAGAAGCCGCAGCGAUAGGCAAGAAGGACAAAGCUGGGGAAGACGCCGCACAGUCUCUGCUGAGGAGUGAAAGUCCGACCCGGACGCUUGAGAGCGUCUCCAUGCCAGAGCAAGUGGAUGAACACUUUGCCCUCCAUGUCCAGCGCAACAGCGCGCACUCUCCCAUUGCACAGAAUGCAACGACCGAGGGUGACUUGGAAGUUAUACGCUACCUUCUUUCCUUAUGGACAGACGAGGUGCCGGAACCGACAGCCACACCGGAGAUGCUUCGAAGAGUCAUGACAAGGUUCGGUAUCUACAUGACGGUGCCCGAUGCUGCAAAAAUCAUGUGCAUGUUCCUCCGCGAUAAGGGCUUCGAUACACUGGACGAUAUCAGCAGAGUACGCAUCAUCUUUUCGCUGUUCAUGGAACUGAUGUUGGAUAUAGAAAAAUACAGAGUGGCUGUGAGGCCCCUGCGUUGGUACCAAGUACCGCUUUCACAAGGGGUUCCUUGGUCCAUGAGGCUAGAUGUUGGCAUGCGCAUGCUUUUCCCUUUCUGCGUGGCUCUCCAUGCCGCGAUCUCAAUUGCUCUCAUAGACAUUUACCCCGAGAAUCCCGAAGUGGGUCUCGUGGCAGACCUGAGGAGUGUAAUGCAGUGGCAAUGA